AUGCGCAUAGAUCCCGCCAGAGCGGCCACGCUCGUCUCACAGCUCUCCUCGGUCCAGCAGCGCAUCGCGGCCCUCAACCCCGGACGCAAUGUCCGCCUCGUUGCCGUCUCCAAGCUCAAGCCCGCCAACGACAUCCUCGCCCUGCACCAGGCGCCCGCCCAUCACUUGUACUUUGGCGAGAACUACGCCCAGGAGCUGACGCAAAAGGCGGCGCUGCUGCCGCCGACGGUCCGGUGGCACUUCAUCGGGGGCUUGCAGUCGGGCCACUGCAAGGCGCUCGCCCGCGUCCCCAACCUCGUCUGCGUGUCCAGCGUCGACACGGCGAAAAAGGCCGGCCUGCUGCACGCCGCCCGCGCCGCCCUCCGCGACGCCGACCCCGCCGUGCCGCGCCUCGCCGUCCACGUCCAGGUCAACACGUCCGGCGAGGAGGCCAAGUCGGGCUGCGCCCCCGGCGACGAGACCGUGGCCCUGUGUCGCGAGAUUCAUGAGCGUUGCCCCAGCCUCGAGCUCAUCGGCCUCAUGACUAUUGGCGCCAUUGCCCGCAGCAAGGCCACCACGCCCGAGAACAAGAAUGACGACUUUGUCGCCCUCAAGGAGCAGCGCCGUCUCGUCGCCCAGGCCCUCGGCCGCGGGCCCGAGAGCCUGGAGCUGAGCAUGGGCAUGAGUGACGACUUUGAAGGAGCCAUCGCCGAGGGCAGCGGCGAGGUCCGAGUGGGCAGCACAAUUUUCGGUCAGCGACCAGAUAGAGCCGAGGCCAAGAUCCGUGUAUAA